UUCUGUUGUUGAAGGAGAGCUUUGGUGGAGUCCUCCUCUUCUUCUUCCUUUUCCAAUGAAUAAAAUUAGAUUUUUUUUUUUAAUGUAAUCUCAUAGCAUCUCAAGAAGCAAUUAAGCCUUUUUGUUUUUAACGAGGAAACUAUAUAUUAGGAAGGGUUGUUACAAAACGGUUCCUCCAUGAUCCUAAAAUGAAGCACGUAACUGAGAUUGUCCCAAGAAACAAAAAAAAAAAAAGAGUUGACGUGGCCAUUCAUUCCUUAACCAAGCACAGAGGAAGAAAGAAAGGAGCGAAACGAGUUCUGAAGAAACCCAAAGCCAAAGUGUGUCUCUCUCUAAACCAUGUCCAUGGCUCUCGUGACUCGAAGCCGGACCACGUGGCGCCUCCCUCACCGGAUAGUUUCGGCGUCGCUCCACAGCGCUUCCUCCGGCCACGGCACCGCUCCCACUUCCUACUGUGCGCCGCCGCCGCCGCCGGCGUAUUCAUCCCCCGCGGGCAUCUCGAAGCCGGCGGAGUUCGUGAUCUCGAAGGUGGACGCCCUCAUGAACUGGGCCCGCAGGGGGUCCAUCUGGCCCAUGACGUUUGGGCUGGCCUGCUGCGCCGUGGAGAUGAUGCACACGGGCGCUGCCCGCUACGAUCUGGACCGCUUUGGAAUCAUCUUCAGGCCCAGCCCACGCCAGUCCGAUUGCAUGAUCGUUGCUGGCACUCUCACCAACAAGAUGGCCCCUGCUCUUCGCAAGGUUUAUGAUCAAAUGCCUGAACCAAGGUGGGUGAUCUCAAUGGGAAGUUGUGCCAAUGGAGGUGGAUACUAUCACUAUUCUUAUGCUGUUGUUAGAGGAUGUGACAGGAUUGUUCCUGUUGACAUAUAUAUUCCAGGGUGUCCUCCAACUGCUGAGGCUUUACUCUAUGGCCUCCUCCAGCUGCAGAAGAAGAUCAAUAGGCGCAAAGACUUCCUCAUGUGGUGGACCAAGUGAAGUCCAUCAAAUUUAUUUCUUGCAUGGCUAAUUAAGCUAUAUAUGUGUGUUAUAAUAAGCAGCAUUUGGUAAUAAUAAUAAUAUAUUUUUUUUUGGAAAUUUUCUGAAUUUCUGGUGUAUGUAUGCUGAUGUAUAAACCUAUGGAAUAAAUGAGACAUUUCA